AUGGCGUCGCAUCUAGUAGAGCGGAAUGCCCUCAAAGACGCAAGAUUUUGCACACCAACCAUGAUCAAAGUUGCGUCGCUGCUGAACAGUGUUGAUAUCCCGAACAUCCUGUGGUGGAAUAGCGUGAUCGACAUCUAUGGCAUUCCAACAGGAGAUAUCGAAAUGAGCUUCGUGGUUGACCGCUCACACCUCCAAAGAGCCACCGAGACCCUGAUCCACGCUGGUCUGGUGCCUUGCGCUGCUAGCAACUGCCAUCACAGAGCGCCCGUGACAGAAGACGGACGGACUUUCUGCAAUCCCGCCGUCCAUUUCCACAUUUCUUUCCUGGGGGACGAAAUCAACAUGUGGCCGUCCAUCCAGCUGCACAUCAAAGACGAGCGCUUGUGGGCCUUGCCCCUGGAGAACGACACCACCACCUUCUCAGACUCGGAGAACAUCAUCUUCGCAGAUGACGCACGGCUCCCGCCAAACAACCAGCAUCCCAUCUUGGGCAACGAGACGAGCAGAGGUAAAUGUCGACAUCAUCCCGGUACGCCGGUCAGAAUCCCCACCCCGGAGCGAUACGCGGAGGCGCUGCUGUUACUGGCGAUCCGCGACCGCGGGUUUAGUGCCGCGACCAGCUGGUUAUCCCAGUUCAACUACCUGCUGGAGUGUGAUCUUAUUGAUCCCGACAAGGUCAAUGAGCCCACAAGGCAGUUUAUGGUAUUCCCGCCCCCGGUCUCUACAAUUGACAGCCUUGACAAGGCACAGGCGGUGCUAGGGGACCUGGCUAUGCAGGGGGUCGCACAUGCUGAAUGGGCAAAAGGUAGACGUCCUAAAAGGUAUAGAUAG